AUGUCAACUCCUUUUGAAAUUCAUUAUGAUCCAAAGUUUGUUGAUAUAUUUGGCAAGACUAUUGGAAUGAUUCGUAAAGUCAUUAUGUCAGAAACAGCUCAACCAUUCAUUCUAUCUGGACCUUCUACUCUUGGAUGGGAUAUGUUAUCCAAUGUCAUUGAAAGUAAUGAUCAGGUCCUUGUUUUAAAUUACGGAUAUUCUAGCUCUCAAAUCUCGGAAUGCCUUGAAUUAUAUGGCGCAAGAGUGACACAGAUUUGCCCUCAAAUAGGAUUACAUCCUAGUCAAGAAGCUAUCGAACAGGCAGUCACUAAUACUCGUUAUAAGUUAAUAGCAAUUACACAUGUUGAGACUUCGACGGGUGUUCUUUCAGACAUUAAGACCAUUGCAGAGAUUGUGAAGUCUAUUUCCCCAGAAACUCUGGUCGUAGUUGAUGCUAUCUGUUCCAUUAAUUCAGAAGAGAUAUGCUUUGAUUUGUGGGAUCUGGAUAUAAUUAUCACUGGUUCUCAAAAGUUUAUAGGUGUUCGAGCAGGCCUAUCUAUUGUUAUUGUUAGUCAAAAGGCUAUCAGUAUGUCUCAAAAUAGAAAAAUGCCUAUAGCCUCCUACCACGCUAAUUGGAAUAAAUGGCUCCCUGUUAUGCAAUCUUAUGAAACAGGCCAACUUUCAUGUUUUACAACAUCUUCUUUAGAGCUUAUUUAUGCUCUUCAUACCACGAUGACAAAAAUGCUCGGUGAACCCUUUAACGCGCGAUUUGACGAGCAACGUCAAGUAGUAUCUGAUUUUAGGCGGACUGUAAGAAACUGGGGUCUGCAACUUGUCCCACGCAAUGAGGCUUGGGCGGCUAAUGAAUACACUUCUAUUUGGUUACCCAAAGGCCUUGAUAUCGUAAAGCUUGUUGAAAGCAUUGCUAAAAAAGGCGUUCAAAUUAAUGUUGGUUCGUUCAAGAGCUCAGCGCCCUAUUUCAGAUUCAGUCAUAUGAGAAUUUCAGUGACAGACAAUGAACGUCAACAUAUUAUGAAGGCGGCCGAAAAUGCUUUAUUCUGCUCUUUAAAUGAGAUGGGCUACAAGUUUAUAGAUCAUUGUGCUGCUUCUGUUUCAAGGCUUUAG